CCAGCGCCGCCGCUCCCGGGGGAGGGCGGGGAACCGCCUCCAGCUGUGCGCCGGGGGUGGAGGGUCACGUGACCGCGGGCGUCCCGGGAGAGGCUGGAGGCCAGCGGAGAGCCUAGGGGUCCUCGGAAGGGAGCCCCGCCCUCAGCCCCCGGCAUAACGUCGGGGCCUGGCACCCUGGACAACGGGCCUUGGGGUGUAAAGACAUUCCUACCAACCAAGUCUCCCCUCCCCACCCAGGGCCCCCCGUUUUGUAUUUGCGGGAGAAGUUCUGAAGGCUGGAAGUCCAAGAUCAGAAUGCAGCAUGGUCAGGUUCUGGUGAAGGCCCUCUUGCUGGUUGCAGGCUGCUGACUUCUCGCUUGCCUUUUUGCAGAGUCUCCACCGUUAGCCUUUUGGAGUGAGCCGUCUGUAUCCUGCCAGGACCCUGACCGAUUCAACACCGUAAUCUGUGCAUAGCUGGUGUGGCCCAUAUGCAGCAGCACAGUGUGGCCCUUUCAGCCCCAGAGCUGCAAGAUGGAUAGUCUACCUCCAGGCAUCAGGGUUGGAUUUCAGACAGGAAGAAAUGGCAAAAGGCACCAAAUGGCUCUUUGCCAGGAAAAUAAUAGCUUUUUAGGAAGUGACAGACAGCAGGAGAGUCGGGAAGUGGAUAAUCCCCCUUGUGAUGCUGGAUGGUGAGAAGACGAUGUAGCCGACCAUAAUGCCUGCAUCCUUCACGUCACUUCGUCCACCUUGUCUCAUCACGUAGGCAUUUUGUCAUCUCACAUCGUCACAAGGAGAAGGUCGCAGUUUUUGUCUGCUUGAACACACAUGGCUUUGUUACGAAAAAUUAAUCAGGUGUUGCUGUUCCUUCUGAUUGUGACCCUCUGUGGGAUCCUGUAUAAGAAAGUUCAUAAGGGAACUGUGCUCAGGAAUGAAACAGACGAGGACUCUGAACCUCCUGAGGAAAUGGAGGAGGAGAUUCCUGUGGUGAUUUGUGCUGCGGCGGGCAGAAUGGGUGCCACCAUGGCUGCCAUCAACAGCAUCUACAGCAACACUGACGCCAACAUUCUGUUCUACGUCGUUGGACUCCGGAACACUCUGUCUCGAAUCCGAAAAUGGAUCGAACAUUCUAAACUAAGGGAAAUAAACUUUAAAGUCGUGGAAUUCAACCCUAUAGUCCUCAAAGGGAAGAUCAGACCAGAUUCAUCAAGGCCCGAACUGCUUCAGCCUCUGAACUUUGUUCGAUUUUAUCUCCCUCUACUUAUCCAUCGACAUGAGAAAGUCAUCUAUUUGGACGAUGACGUCAUUGUGCAAGGUGAUAUCCAAGAACUCUAUGACACCACCUUGGCCCUGGGCCACGCGGCAGCUUUCUCGGGUGACUGCGAUUUGCCCUCGGCUCAGGACAUGAACAGAUUUGUGGGGCUGCAGAAUACAUACAUGGGCUAUCUGGACUACAGGAAGAAGACCAUAAAAGACCUUGGCAUAAGCCCCAGCACUUGCUCUUUCAAUCCGGGUGUGAUUGUGGCUAACAUGACGGAAUGGAAGCACCAGCGCAUCACCAAACAACUGGAGAAGUGGAUGCAAAAAAAUGUGGAGGAAAAUCUCUACAGCAGCUCCCUGGGAGGAGGGGUAGCCACCUCCCCAAUGCUGAUUGUGUUUCAUGGGAAAUACUCCGCAAUCAACCCCCUGUGGCACAUAAGGCACCUGGGCUGGAAUCCAGAUACCAGAUAUUCAGAGCAUUUUCUGCAGGAAGCAAAACUACUCCACUGGAAUGGAAGACAUAAACCUUGGGACUUCCCUAGUGUUCACAAUGACUUAUGGGAAAGCUGGUUUGUUCCUGACCCUGCAGGAAUAUUUAAACUCAAUCACCACAGUAGCUGAUAUAACUUAACAUUUUAAGUAUUUCCUACACAAAAAUGUGGAAUUGUGCAUUUGUAGCCCUACUAUUUCAUUGUUCUUUAUGAAUAGUACCUUUGAGACAUAUGAUCCACAAUGGAAACCACAAAGACUACUGUGUGCAAACAGCACCCUGGGUCACGCAUGCAUGGACUCCUUCUUAAGUACAGGGGGGUUACGGAAAUCACGAUGAGGUGCGUGAGAUGUAUUGUUGGAAGGAAAUAAACCCGUCUCGGUUUCAGCAAUCAAUUUGCUUAACUCUGAAUGACAACUUGUAUUCACAAUUUUUAAAAAUUUCUAGAUAUGUUUUUUCACACACAUCUUUUUUUAGGUAUUUU